GUGGGGGGCGCGCCCCCCACCCGGGGCCGGCUGCGGGGGCGCGGGAUAAAGCGGUGCCGGGCCGUCCGGCUGCCGCCACAGGGGGCGGCGGGGAGGGGCUCGGCGGGGCGCCCGGCCAUGGCGAGCCCCGCACGCCCGCGGCAGGAGCUGGCGGCCGAGGAGCGGCGGCUCCGCGGCGCGGCCCCGACGGCGCCCUGCGAGGGCAAGCGGGAGGCGGUGGGGGAGCGGCGGCUGCUGCUGGAGCUGCGCCCCUGCGGGCGGCCGCCGGCCCCCGGCCCCGGCGAGCGGCGGGAGGAGGGGGAGGAGAAGGAAGAGGAGGAGGAGGAGGAGGAGGAGGAAGCGGCGGCGGGCGAAGACUGUUGCGGCAAGUGCAAGAAGCGGGUGCAGUUCGCCGACUCGCUGGGGCUGAGCCUUGCAAGCGUCAAGCACUUCAGCGACGCCGAGGAGCCGCAAGUGCCCCCCGCCGCGCUGUCCCGCCUGCAGAGCCCGCCCGCCGAGGAGCGGGUCCCGGGGCCGCCCGGCGGGGACCCCCGGCCCCCCGCCCUCCGCCUGCUGCCCGACUUCCCCGACGGCGGGGAGCCCGGCGCCGAGCGGCUGCGGCGGCAGCGCGUCUGCCUGGAGGGGCUGGGGCGGCCCCCGGCGCCCACCGACGUGCGGGGCACGGUGCAAGUGCUGGGCUGCCCCGGCCCCAAGGAGGUGACGGUGCGCUACACCUUCAACGAGUGGCUCUCCUUCGUGGACGUCCCGGCCGCCCCCCUGCCCCCGGCCCCGACGGCGGCCGCCGACCCGCCGGCCGAGCGCUACGGCUUCACCCUGUGCGUCCCGCCGAGCCUGCGGGAGGGCUCGGCCCUGCACUUCGCCAUCCGCUACCGCUGCCCGCAGGGCGAGUACUGGGACAACAACGGCGGCCGCAACUACACGCUGCGGUGCUGCGGCUGCCCCCCGCCCCCCGCCGACGGCAGCCCCUCGCCGCCCCCCGCCGCCCCCCUCUACUGACACCGGCCGGGCGCGGGGAGCCGGGAGCACCCGGCCGGGCGGGGGGGCGGCGGGCAGGGCACCCCUCCCGGAGGCUGCCCGAAAGCUAGCGGUUUUCAAGCGGGCGCUUCGGUUUUGCCAGCGAAACAGGGAUGCGCGUAGGCUCGCGUUGCCCUGGCCUGUGGAAUCGUUUUCUUUCUGGAGAGGACAAGGAGAUUGGGCAGUGUGGGCUUUGCUUUUCCCCUCUUGAAGUGAAUUUUUGAGGUCUUGAUUUGGGCUUGACUCCCCUUAGCCGGUUAGUUAGAGGUGCACGGAGCACUUGCGUGAAAACUUAAGGGCGUGUUCUCUACAGAUUUAAGUUAGCAUCCCCAUUUCCCCAUUCUCACAUCUAUUUCAAAGACACAGCACUGUGACGGCAAUGGUGUGCUUUGUCUUUUUUAAAUUAUUUUUUUUUAGUUCAGUGGACUCCAUAACAGUACAACUCACUGUUGUGAUUGCCUGUCAAACUCAUGACAGGCUGGUGGGCCUGUCCCACCCUCGCUGUGCCUGUGGCGGCUCCGAACAGCAGGCAGCCUGUAUUCGGGCUGGGUCUGGGUCUGGACUGCUCUGGAUUUUGUCAUUCAGCACGCUUUGAUAGCGCUCCCUGCCUUCCCCAGGCUUGCGUGUAGAUCCCGUCUGGCUAAUAGCAGCCAACAGGGACUUCCGCAAAAAUGUUUUUCCUUAAAAUAGACUGGUGACUUCUUUUUGCACAGUCAACAGUCUAAAAUGGGGACAAAGGAGGGGUUAAAACAUCUGCUUAUCGGGAGAAUGUUGGUAGCACCUUUCAGCAAUGGACCAUAAAGAAAAAUGUGGUGUCUGACUCUCAGAGGGUUCUGUAUUUUCAGAUUUGGGGAGCAGUGACCGAUUUGGAUGACCUUCUCGCUGAGGAGUGACGAUGCGAUGUAGAGGGGGUGCCCUCACUAAUGAAUGAAAACAAGUGCCUUAGUUCAACUGU